AUUAAUUUUUUUUUACUUUUUUUUAUAAAAAAAAAAAAACAGGAUUCGGUCAGUUUUUAAAAGCAAACACCAUCAAUUUUAGGAGCAUUAAAAUUGUACUAAAUAUGUGUGAAGCUGUACUGGAACGUGCGCGUCUACAAAGAGAGGGUGCUAAGCGGACAUUUCAGUUGUAUAAAUUUGAAAAUAUGACCGUUACAUCGCCACCAGCACUGAAAGUCUACUUUUGGGAAUAUUUCGAUAUUGAUAAACUCAACCUAGAAAUCCAAAGAGAUAGAACUCAUUUUGAACACAACAUUAUUAUGCCAAUACGUCAAAUUAAUAGUCGUCCACUGAAGAUAAUUCUCUGGUUACGCAACUUAUCGGAGAACAAUCUCAAUCUUCAUUUGAAGCGUAUAAAAAAAUGUGAUUGUAUGCCACUGGAAACUCGUGUGGGCUUUAAUCAAUUUCGUCAUCUAUAUCAUUGUCCCCAUAGGCGUCUAAUACAUAUCUUACAGGAAGCGCUACACAUGAAACCCCAAGAGGUGGUUGCAAUGCGUGUAGUUUUUUAUUAUUUUCUAUUUGGCGAGCAUACGCUUACGUAUGAAUUCAUCGGCUCCGACUCACGAGUUUUCACUUUGAAUUUCAAAAUGAAUAUUAUUGGCUUUGAUCCAAACGCUUGUAUUAUAACCAAAGAGCUUAUACCAACUGAUUUACGGGAACAUCGACGUCUCGUACAACCCAUUUGGGUGCAGAAUAUAACGGGCCACCAUUUGAAUUUCGUCUUUUCUACGCGUGAGCGUGGAUUAAAGUUAAUGAACCCGAACUUAACUGUGCCACGUUUAAGUGUCUGGCCGUUAAUGGUAGAAUAUAGACCAAGUGAUUUCGAAAAUGUGCUUGAUUUUACUUUGAACUACGAAAAUAGUCGUUCCAAAUUUCAAAUCAAAGCUAAAGGUUAUACCGAUAAAGUCGCCGCCGAACCGGAAGUGCCUGUUGACGACUAUGAGUGCGCAGACUUCCCCUAUGUUAUAUAUCCAAAUAAAAUCGAAUUCGAUAUGCAACGUUCAGAGCAGAGAAGUUUAAUGGUGUCUAUACAUAACUACAAUCAAAAAUGUGUCGAAUUUCGUUGGCAAAACUACAUUAUCAGCGAUCUAUUCGAAGUGACAUUUGAACCAAACAUCUUUCGCCUCAAGCCGCAUCAUUCAAAGCUCUGCGUGGUAAAUUUGCGUGUCUUCGAACGUGCACUUCACUUCAAGCGCAUACCUUUGGCCUUGGAGGUACAUCGAGUACUCGAUAAAUCAACAAAGAUUGCUAAACAGCUUCUGGAAGAUGUUGAAUCUAUUGAUGAUCCUAAAUGGAAAGAGCCCAGCUAUAUGAUGCAUAUAUUUUUGCAUCUAAAUAUAAAAGUUAAUUUCAAAACAGAGGAACCUGUAACUAUUGCUUGGGAGCUUUUACCACAUAAAGGCGAGCGUUUCACAAAAACUCCAACUACAACGAUUUUUGAAAAACUCUAUUGGGAUUAUUUGUCGGAAUCCAAUUUUAUGCGACCGAAAAGUUCACCAGAAUAUAAUGAUGAACUCAGUUAUGAUGAAGUAAUACGAUUGAAUGCUGGCCCUCUACCCUUUAUCAGAACUAUAGACAUUAGCCACAAUAGUAUAUUGCGUAUAAUCAGUCAACUAAUAGCUGAAUCUCUUAGAGAUUUGGCUAAAAAUUGGCGUUUCAUUCCUAUCGAAUUUGCUGAAGAUCCUGUUUAAAAGCUCAAUAAGGUAGGU